AGAGAGGAAGAGAGAGAGAGAGAGAGAGAGAGAGAGAGAGAGAGAGAGAGAGAGAAACAAAAGAAGAGAGGAGAGAGAGACGGGUGGCCGCGAUCGACGGAGUCGGCGAACAAAAGUGCCAAGUUCAAGUUCGUAACGCGCCCCGCUCGCGUACAAGAUCGCUCGCGGCGUCGACGGCGGCGACGAUACGACGACAUAGCAGCAGCAGCAGCAGCAGCAUAGCAUAACGAGAGGAGAGACGAUCGCUCGCGAUCGUCAAGUCAAUACACAGAGUAGCCGGGUAGAUCCGUGCAGAGCACGAAGCAACACGUUCGUGCGAUCGUGCUCGCUCAACCGACCGACCGACCGACAGAACGUUCGAGUCACGUUGAUCUUCCACGCUUUUCCGCGUGCCCCCCCACCCUCGCCAUUUUCGCCAUUUUAGGUUUUAUCAACGCGUUCCGACACACACGUACACACGUACGGAAUACCGUUUUACGCGUGGGUGCUUCUAAUGCGAGCUACGACGGCGGUAUAGCGACGCGUACGGUCGGAGUGGCAGUUCUUUUGUGUUCUCCUGAGGAGAGUUCUUCAGCGGCCCGCACGAGUCCACGUGUUGAUAACACUUCCAACGAUUCUCGACGUUGCUGCUGUUGCUGUUGCUGGCUACUUUCUCCAGAAGCUUCGCUGCCUGGGACGAAAAAGAUACGAGCCGUCAGAGGAAGAGGAGGAAAGGAGAAGGAGCAGACCACAGACGUUUCGGAUACACGGUGUGUUUUUGUGUGCGAAACCGACGACAUGUCGACUGCCGUCAUGAGCAACGCAAUGUUCGACUGCACCGAACACUUGUUUAAGAACGCAGCGUCGACAAAGGCAAAGGAACCAUCGUCAGCCGUUGCAGCAUUGAACUCCGCUGGGGGUGGCGGCAGCAGCAGCAGCAGCAGCAGCAGCAGCAGCAGCAGCAGCAGCAGCAGCAGCAGCAGCAGCGGCAGCGGCAGCGGCAGCAGCAACAACUCCGGCCACGCGCCCUUACGACGCUACACCUCCCUGAUGUCUACGCUAAUAGAGCACCACCGGAAGCUGGAUCGCAGCGUAAGCGAGCCGACGUCGCGCUACAAGACCGAGCUGUGUCGGCCGUUCGAGGAGAGCGGCGCGUGCAAAUACGGCGACAAGUGCCAAUUCGCCCACGGCUACAGCGAGCUGCGCAACCUCGCCCGUCAUCCCAAGUACAAGACCGAACCUUGCCGCACCUACCACUCGUCCGGCUUCUGCCCUUACGGGCCACGGUGCCACUUUAUACAUAACUUCGAAGAGGCGCGCAUACACAACCAGAAGGUGAGCGCUCAGCUGGGCUCGACGCAACCGAACAUAAUGAACCUCAACAGCCUGAACCCGUUGCUGAGCGCGGCGGCAGCCGCGGCGGCCGCCGCCGCGGUCGGCAACAGCACCGUUGCCGGCGGCGGGGCCACCGCCGCGAACACCGCCGCGGCCGUGGCCGCCGCCGCCGCCGCCGCCGCCGCCGCCAACAACGUGAGCGUGCGUCUGCUGGAGCAGAUGAACGCGUCGCCGCAGGUGGCCGCGGCAGCCGCGGCCGCCGUCGCCGCUUCGCCCAAUCUCAUGAGAGCGAACUCGCUGAGCCUCGGUAGCAGCAGCAGCAGCUACAACCCGCCGCCAUUACUGCGAACGUCGUCGCUGAGCCUCGCCACGAACCACCACCAUCACCAUCAGCAGCAACAGCAACAGCAACAGCAGCAUCAACACCAGCACCAGCACCAGCACCAGCACCACCACCAUCACCACCACGGCGCGCAUCAUCAUCACCAGCCGCCGAGUAGCAGCGCAGUCAACUCGAUGAUCGGCGCGAGCAAGCCGAAACCACUGAACCUCAGUCCGACCUUCUCGCUCGGCAGCACCGGCGACUCGGUCUCACCAUCCUCGAGCCUGAGCCAGUCCCCGACCAACUCUAUGGCCAGCUUCUUCAGCAGCGACGAAUGCAGCCAGCAGUCCUGCACGAACCUGCCGACGACGCCGUUCAGCUUCGGCCAAGACUUCGGCCUGAUCCCGACCAGACAGAGCCCGAGUCCGCGCAACAGCGUCUGCAGCCCGCUCGGCUCUGACGAAGUGGCGCCUAGGACGCCUUCUCCGCUGUCGCCUAACGCCGAGUCUAGGCUGCCGGUGUUCAACAGGAUCAGCGGCACCCUCGUGGAUUUUGAUAACCUCAAGAUCUAAGGCGGGACGGUGGACUCGCUCCCGAGGCGGUGAGUCUCGGCCGAGAGAGGGCCGUGAUGUCCGCCAGGGAGUGGGACGACAGGCAGCACGGGAUCUUCUUCUCGCGGAGGCUGAUUUCGAGGCGAAUGCAAGUUGCUAAUAACGACGGCGAAUCCUCGCGCAGCGGAUUCUCCUGUCGCCGUGGUGGAACUACUAAGGUUUACUUUCAUUUUUACACACACACACACACACACACACACACACACACACACACAUACGCAUACGCACACGCACGCACGCACGCGCGGGUUCGCCGCGCGACUCUCUGCUUUCAGUCAUCGGCUUGUUAUUUAAAAGGCGUCACACUCUAGGUCAGACAGGCACACAUGUACACGUGCACACAUCCACACCCCCAACCAAAACACACGGACACAAACACAUUCGAUAUAUAUUUAUAUAUAACUCGUUUCUGAAAGAGAGAUUGCCUUUUCCUCUGUUUUACUUUCUCCUUUCUUCAUAUAUAUUACUCCGUUAUAGUCACACGUCUCAUGUAUUAAUUACGUUACUGUCGAUACGCUCGUCAUCUUAUCCUUUCCUCUUGCUCUUUUUCGUGUUCUAUUAUCGUUAAGAUCGCGAACCCAGCGGAAAAGGCGAGUUCAUCCCGGUUAGAGGACGGUUUCCGGACCGUCGUCCGAUUUAGGCUCUCGAGGAGGAUGCAUUGGCGUGAUCGCGGGGGAGGGGGGGAGAGAUGGGAGCGAGGAAACGGGAGCUGCGAGGAGGGGCGACGGAGGGCACCGGGCGCAAGUUUAUUCCGAAACGUGACUUCUCCGAGUAAGUUGUUCAUUGAUCUCACUCGGUCCGCCCUCCCGACGCCUUCCGGUCCACGCGGUUCCUCUGUCCUCCGGCGCAUCUUUCGCCCUGUCGAUAAUAUGUGGAGAGCCGCGCGAGUCGGGCAAGUACGGCUCGGUACCGCUGCGCGACCCGGGGCAGGUGAAACGUUGCAAUAUUCCAAAACGCCAGCUAUAUUACAUUACGCUAAACGUACGGUUACGUUUCUUCGGGUUUCUUCUCCGAAGGAGUAAGGGUGGGGAAAGUUGUCUCGAGAGUGAAAGGAGAGGCGGGAAUCAGGACCCCGUCGACGAGCGAGAGAGCGAAC